UGUUCCACUCAAAGAGGCUGAGACGAAGAUCAUUCACCGGGAUGUGUAAGGCUUGGAAAGCAGCAAUCUUCACAUCUAGCACCACCGCUCCACUUUCACUUCUCGCCUCCGGUUCGCGUUUAAAUACCGCUACACGUUCGUCCAUUUUUCCACACCGGCCGCCUUCUCCAGGCAUGGCAGACGGCCUUGUAGCAUCAUGGAAGUGCGACAUUACACCCUUGACUUCAAGCUCUCUGCACCAGCUGACCAUUCUGCAACAGUUCGUGGCCUGCAGUCUAUAUUUCAAGAGCAGGAAAUGACAGAAACUGUCCAUGACACAGAAGGGCAUGGAUACUUAGCCACAUUUAUUGGCAAGAAUGGCAGACUUGCUAUCCUGAGACUGCACUCGCACGGUCUGGUGACAUUCGACCUGCAAUGUAGUGAACGAGAUGACUUAGCACAAGUGGACAAUCUACUGGAUGCACUGGAGAAGAAACUGAAGAGUCUGCUACAUGGAACUCUCCAAAGGGUAAAGAGGCUCCCAGCGCUGCGGCGUGGGGGAGAAGUGGACAGGUACUGGCCGACAGCUGACGGCAGGCUCAUAGAGUACGAUAUUGAUGAAGUCUUGUUUGAUAAAGACUCUGCUUACCAGAACAUCAAAAUCCUGCACUCACACCAGUUUGGCAAUAUCCUCAUCCUCAACGGGGACGUUAAUUUAGCAGAAAGUGAUUUGCCCUACACACAGGCCAUCAUGGGCAAUGGCCGAGAGCACUAUGCUGGGAAGGAGAUUCUGAUCCUGGGUGGAGGAGACGGAGGCAUCCUUUUUGAGGCGGUCAAGCUCAAACCAAAGAUGAUCACCAUGGUGGAAAUAGACCAGAUGGUGAUUGACGCAUGCAGCAAGCAUAUGAGAAAAACCUGUGGGAAUGUUCUUGAUAACUUGAAAGGGGAUUGUUAUGAAGUUUUGGUAGAGGACUGUGUUCCGAUACUUAAAAAGUUUGUUGAAGAGGGAAGGACAUUUGAUUAUGUCAUCAAUGAUCUAACUGCAAUCCCCAUUUCCACAGCACCUGAGGAGGAAUCAACGUGGGAAUUCCUAAGGCUCAUUCUUGAUCUAUCAAUCAAAGUUCUACGGCCUAGCGGCAAGUACUUCUCCCAGGGUAACUGUGUGAAUCUCACUGAGGCACUUAGCGAGUAUGAGGGGUUGCUAAGAAAGCUUUCAAGCAAGGUGGAUUUCUCCAAAGAAGUGGUAUGUGUUCCCUCCUACCUAGAGCUGUGGAUGUUCUACACCAUUUGGAAGAAGUAAUUAUAUUCUGCUUGCUGAAGCCUCACCCUUCGAUGCACUGAGGGCAGACAUGCACACAUUUCUCCAUGCACUGUUUUACUGCCUCUCUGUGCACUCCUUUUUUUUUUUUUUAGAUGCCAGUUUUUAAUUUGAUUCCUGAAAAUCACACGAUGAUUGUAUGUAUUUUUUAGUUUGGUAGAUGGUUUAUUGUGCGGUUUGUUCUGUCUUGACCCUCUAGUAAGCACUAUAGUGCUGUGUGUGUGUGUGUGUGUGUGUGUGUGUGUGUGUGUGUGUGUGUGUGUGUGUGUGGAAGAUGAGAUGCUAAAGCUGACACUGAAGCCUGGAGGGUAAUUAAGGAUGUUUUCCACCUCUGAGUGCAGCGAACAAUCAGACAACCGCUUGUUUGCAUUCUGGUUUUGUGAUAAAUUAUGCUUUUUAUUGUAACUUCACUGAUUUGACGGUGUUUAUUUUCUUUUUUUCCUUCUUCCUUUUGUUAUUGAGCUUUGAGAGUGAGUUGACUCACUGGAAAGUUAAUAGCAGUGCUGAUGCUGAGGGUGCUCCAGGAUGAUCCUUUAAGUUCGAUUAUAUGUUUUAAAAGGGAAAAACUGUUCUCUAGCGGCAAAGUUCAUUCUAGAUUUCUUUUGCUGUACUGUGAAUGUUGUUUUUUUUAAGCGCCUUUUAUUCUCUAAGUAUGUUUGGCACAUGUGCUUAAAGGAAAGAGGCUUUUAUGUAUGUAUGAAUGUAGUUUCUGCAUAUUUACGUUCAUGUUUCAUAUUAAGGUGCUUCAUUGACCUUAUUUAUUUGACUUUAUUUCAGCAAAUACACAGUAAUCUUCCUCUGAAAAUACAUUGAGGUCAUCAGAGUGAUAAAAAUCUAUUAAAGAAACUUGGAGAGAAA